AUGGUCAGCGAACAAGAUAUUGAGAAAGCGAUUAAUACGCUAGAUAUGCAAUUGAUCCCUAAUUAUAGUCAAGUGGCCAGGGAUUUUAGUAUUAAGCGUAUAACCCUUAUACGAAGGUAUAAAGGCAUAUAUGCCUCCAGACAAGAAGUAACCUCCCUUUACUAUAAACUUCUUACUAAUAUAUAA